GUCAACAACUAACUUCCUCGCUGUAGAAAUGUGUCUUUAUUUUUAAUGCUUUUAGGUUAAAAUUCCCACAAUGUGCUCUUUUUUACCACAUGAGGUUCGGCUAAUGCCGCUUUCAUGAAGGUAGGACAGUAAAUUCCGUGGCGUUUGUCUCGCAGCUCAUCUUCAGCUGGAUGUUUGCGUCAUGUGAGCCAUGUGAAUGAACCGUCUUGCAUGAAUUGGAUUCGUUACUGCUUCUGUGUCUGAUACUUCCCUGGUGAAGUCUCCGCCGCUGUGAUGCCACCGGCCAUGUCUCAGAUCAGUGAUCCAAAGAUUGCCUUUGCCUACCUGCGGCCGGCCUGCGUCCUGCUCACCCGAGAGCCCACGGUGGCCAACGUGGAAACUCUGAGCAGCCAGCUGAAAGACGUCAACGAUGCCACGCUGCAGCAGCUGCAGGAAUACGUCCUCUUCCCUCUGCGCUUCGUCCUCAAGGUGCCCGGGCCCCGGAAGGACCAGCUGGUGCAGGCCGUGGUGGAAGCCAUGAGCCACAUUUUGGAAAACACUUGCGUGCAGAGCUGGGAGACGCUCCGCGACCUCCUGUCGGAGCUCUGCCUCUGCGUCUGCUCCCCAUCUGAUCCCGGGAAGCCCGCCGAGACGUCGGAGGAGCUGAAGUCGGCGGUGCUGCGGUGCCUGUGUGCUUUGCUUCACGCUGCUUACGGUGAUAUAGUCUUCAAGCUUUUUGAGCCGGUGAUGCUGCCCGGACUGGGCGCUGCCGUGUCACUGCUGCUGGCUUUGGGAGAGAAGGAGAAAUCCAGAGAGAUCCAGGCUGCGGCCCUGAAGAGCCUCCAGGCUCUGACUCUGCAGUGUGACUGUCCUCUGGAACAUGUAGCUCCAUCCUCAGAGGAGAGACGUUCUCUCGGCAGCAUCAUGGCUUCUUUCUUACCUGGAAUAACGACAGUGGUCACCAGGAUUAUUACAGGAGACCUGAGACAAGGACACGCAGUCACAGUCAGGGCCAUCAGGGUUUGGUCCAGGACUGUGGGGCUGGUCAUGGAGGACGCCCAGCUUCAGGAGAUCGGGUCGCCGAAGACUCCCACAGCAGACCUGGGGAGGAUCGGACAGCUGGUGGUCCACAGGACUCCGGACUGGGUGAAAAACACGGCGGCUAAACUGUGCAUCCUGCUGAAGAAGGUCAUCUCCUGCAGCUCGGCCCACCAGCACUGGAGGGUGAGGCUGGAGACGGUGGAGCUGGCCGACCACCUGCUGGCCGGCUGCAGCCAGUCGCUGGGGGAGUGCGUGGGGCCGCUGCUGGAAGCUCUGGUGGGAGCGAUCAAUGACGACGAGCCCAGAGUCAGAGAGAGGUGUGACGCGGCUCUCAGGGAGCUUUCGCAGAGGAACCAGAACCGCAGCUCGCAGACGUUCACCGAGGUACUGUCGGAGAACCUCCACUCUCUGGCCACAUCGCUCCCCAGACUCAUGAGGACCUCCGACGACCAGAAGAAGCUCUUCGUCCUCAACGUGUUUCUGGGCUACCUAAAAGUUCUGGGGCCGCUCGUGUCUGUGGUGCUCAACUCUGCUGCACAUCUGGAGAGGAUCUCCAAAGCUUUGAUGCAGGUGCUGGAACUGGAUGUGAUGGACGUCCGGAUCGUGGAGGAGAGGAGUCACGGCGACGUUAUCGAAUCGGGCGCCGGCUCUCAUGACUCUUCCUCCCAUCACAUACAGAGGAAACAUUUUCUCUACUUCACAGAUGACAAGAUCCUCUGUGUGCUUAUGGAUAUCUGCCGCACAUUAGGUUAUUACGGUAACAUCUACCUCCUCACCGACCACCUCCUGGACUUGUACCGUCAGUCCUCGGCAUACAGAAAACAAGCCGCCAUGGUCCUGAACGAGAUAGUCAGAGGUGCAGCGGGCAUCGCCGUGACCACACGGGGUCAGGGUUCAGAGGUCGGAGACCAGGGAAACCGUACCACCGAGGAAGACCUGAAAGCAGCGGUGAUGGCGGUCAUGGAGGAAUAUAUCAGUGUGAACAACUGGCACCUGAUCACAGCCAGCGAGGAGACGGACAGAGACCGACAGGAUCAGAAGCUUCUCAGCCCGUCAGGACUCCUCUCCAUAUCCGACCAAUCCUCCAACGCCGUCCCUCUCCAGAUGGUCGCCUCCCUCCCGCCGCCGCCGUCGUCUUCCUCUUCGAUUCUCCAGCUCAACAGCAACAUCUGGCAGCUGUGCAUCCAGCUGGAGGGCGUGGCCGGCUUCGCCCAGGCGCUGGGCCCAGACUUCCGGCCGCUGCUGAUGACGUCUCUGUACCCCGUGCUGGAGAAGGCCGGCGAGGAGACGCUGCUGGUCAGCCAGGCGGCGCUGAACGCCAUGCUGGACGUCAGCCGGGCCUGCGGCUACGCCUGCCUGAAGGAGCUCAUCUCGGAGAACUCCGACUACCUGCUCAAUGACAUCUCUCUCAACCUGCAGAGGCUCGGCCAGCAUCCACAGGCUCCGCGGGUGCUGACGGUGAUGCUGGCCCACUCGGACCGCAGCAUGCUGCCUCUGGUCGCGGACAUCGUUCAGGAUGUGCUGAUGGCUCUGGACCUGAGCUACGACCACACGGCGCCGCUCUUCUGCUCGGUGCUGCACGCCCUCAUGAAGGCUCUGGCACGCUGGUUUCCCGCCACUUGUAGCAAGGCUGGGAAGUCGUCCUGUUCCAAGCCGUCGUCCUCUGAUCAGGAAGUUUUCGACGCUCGCCAGUUCCUGCUGGACUACAGGAAACAGAAAGAGCUGGCCGAGGGCAUCGGCAUAGAGGAGGACGAGGAAACCGAAGACCUCGACGUCCCUCCUCCUGAGACUGAAGAUGUGGAAGACAUCACCGACCCUGAUGUGAAACUUGAGCUUCCUCUUCACCUCAAAAUCACCAAAGACGUGUUUGAGCGCUGCGUUCACCUGCUGUCAGACCCCAGCCUCCGACUCAGACUCAAGGUGCUGGAUGUGCUGGAGCUGUGCGUGUUCAUCCUGAGCGAGCGGGAAAAUGAGCUGCUGCCGCUGGCUCACCGCUGCUGGCCGCCGCUGCUGCAGAGACUCACAGCUGACGACCCGCUCGCUGUCCUGCGAGCCUUCAGGGUGCUGUGCACGCUGGGCGAAGCCUGCGGCGACUUCCUGAGGAGGAGAGUUUCUAAAGAGGUCCUUCCCAAGCUGAGCGCCUCUCUGACGCACCAGGCGCCCAUCAGCGCCAAGGCCGGGCCGGUCUACACCCACACGCUGGCCUACAAGCUGCAGCUGGCCGUGCUGCAGGGGCUGGGCUCGCUGUGCCAGAGCCUGGAGCUGGGUGAAGCCGACCUGGAUGCGGUGUGUGAAGCCUGCCUGCCCUACCUGAGCUGCCGACAGCCAGUCAGACUACAGGAGGCCUGUCUGAGCGUCUUCAGACGCCUCAUCCAGGUGGAUCCCGACGCAUUGUGGUUCGCUCUGAACGAGGUGCACUGCCCCCACCCCUACAGCCCGCCCCACCCGGACCUCCUGCCGGUCCGGCUGGGCGGCAUGGGCCGGCCCCGGGACCAGUACUCGGACAACGUGCUGAAGCUGCUGCGGGAGGAAUUCGGCCCGAUCGACUGAGGACGGCCGAUCGACGACAUUGACUCGUCUCUCAGGUGCCGACCGGGUCCGACCGGUCGGGGAAACGCAGCCGUCGGGAGCAAACGGCGAGUGUCAGACGGGCGAGUGAGGAGCCCGGGUUCAAACCGACAGCUCUCCCACACCUGUGACGUUUCUCACAGCCGCACGCCGGGAAUGCAGAUGAUGUAUUAGCUAUUCCUUUUCGUGUCAUUUCUGUAUUUUUGGAGGAAAUACCUCAUUCUGAACCACCGCGCCGGUUUGAAUUAUUCAUCCUCCAGUUUCACAGCCUUUCUGAACACAGUCACUUUGCUGCUGGAGGCCCUGAAGAGAGAGAGAGAGAGAGAGAGAGAGAGAGAGAGAGAAAUGUUUCUGAACUUGAAAGAUAAUCACCAAAAUGUGUCCUCCAUUUAAAAUAACUCCAUUAUGUGGCGCGGGGCACUCGGGAGGAAGGUCGAGGAUGUGCUGUCAAAAUGUGUGUGGUAAAUACAGUGCUGCGAAGAGUGUGUGUCUGGCGGCACUGGAGGGUCAACGCCAGAGCAGAACACCCUCAGAGCGCCGCCCACUUUACAUCCUGGCUUUUAUUUAUUUAUCAUAAAACUAAGUGUUGCUGUUGGCCGGACAGAUUAGCAACGAGAAAAGAGAGAAAAGACACUCGAUUCAGCUCCGUGAUGUUUUUCACCAGUUACAAUUAUUGGAACCAAAAAAAACCACAGAGAUUCUUCUUCCAUGCAUUGUUUCUAUUCGUGCUGUAAAUUUAGCCUUGUGUGAUUCAUGAUGGUUACGGACUAAUAAAAAUAUAGUUUUUACAGCCACAUUUCAAUCUGUCAGGGUUUUUGUUUUCUUUACAUAUAUAUGUUCAUACAUUUUGGAUUUUUCUCUUUUUCUACAUGAGAUCUGAAUCAGUAGAUCGAUGUUUUCUGCUCCUGUUGAUCAAAAGCCAUUAAAACCACUU